CUAUUUUUGCAGAAAAAUCAAAAAUGUCGAACAGAGGAAACUACACGUCGAAACUGUGAGGGACAAAUGUCAGAUUUUCUCCCUUUGAGCAAGGGAAAUUAGUCAUCUCCCAGGCUCAAAACUAUGGAAUUGUUGGCAACGGAAGUGUCUCUAUCGUCCAGAUGGACGAUAGAGGUCUAGUUGACGUCCUUUUCGAGUAUGCAACCCAGGAUGCUUGUUAUGACGCCUGCUUUAAUGAAGAGAAUGAGAACCAGAUUAUCACUGGAUGAGGAGACGGUCAGAUCAAACUCUGGGACUUUAUGCAUCAGCAGCCUAUCUUUUCUUACUCUGAACAUACUCAAGAGGUGUUCUCUCUUGAAUGGAGUCACAUAAAUAAACGCAGAUUUGCGAGUGCCUCAUAUGACCAGACUGUGAAGAUUUGGGAUGCAACUAGUGAUGUCUCCCUGUAUACUUUUAAACAUGCAUUUGUGGUGUACCAGGCCACCUGGCAUCCAACACAUGAAAGCAUCCUGGCCAGCUGUAGUGGUGAUGAGACUUUUAGAAUUUGGGAUUUAAGGGAAGGCAAUGACGUCAAAGCAGUAAAAGCACAUGAUAAUGAGAUUUUGACAAUCGAUUUUAACAAAUACGAGAAUUUCGUAGCAACUGGAUGAACAGAUGGGUCUAUCAAAGUAUGGGAUCUUAGAGCUACUCUUGAUGAGCCUCUAAUUAGCCUUCCAGGCCAUUUACUCGCUUGUAAGAAGCUCAAAUUUUCUCCAUAUCACGCUAAUACUCUAAUUUCUUGCUCUUAUGACAUGAGUACCUGAGUUUGGAAUAUCGACGAAGCAAAGAGCCCAUUGAUGAACAGAUUUGACCACCAUUCAGAAUUCGUAGUUGGAUUAGACUGUAGUCUUUUUGUUGAGAAACAAAUAGCUACUACAAGUUGGGACAAGAAGACUUCUAUUUUCAAUUUUGACGAGGAUCCACAGCUAGUGGCAUAA